AUGGCUACAAGUCAAUUACCACCGAAACUUAAAGAUACAUGGAGUUUCACUAUUCCCUGUAAUAUUGGUGAUACAUUUGUAGAAAAAGCUUUAUUUAAUUUAGGUUAUAGCAUAAAUCUAAUGCCUUUAUCAAUUUUUACGAAAUUUGAGAGUGGUGAAGCAAGGCCAACUACUGUCACGCUGCAGCUUGCUGAUCGCUCCAUUGUGCACCCGAGUGGCAUUGUGGAAAAUAUGUGUGUACAAAUAGAUAAGUUUAUUUUUCCCACCGAAUUUAUCAUUUUGUAUUGUGAAGUGGAUAAGAAAUAUCCUAUCAUUCUUGGACGUCCAUUCAUUGUUAUAGGGAGAGCCUUAAUUGAUGUUGAAAAGGGAGAAUUAACUAUGCGUUUAAAUGAUGAGCAUAUUAUCUUUAAUGUGUUAAAUAAUGUUUCUUACUUGAGUAAUAUUGCCGACUAUUUUUCACUUGAUGUGAAUGAUAUUUUUGCCCAGGAGCAUCUUGAAAAAUGCUACAACACUGAAGAACCUAUUGAUGAUAUUAUAGCAAUUGAAGAGACUACAAAUAAUGAAUGUUGCAGUAAUUAUCUGCAGAAGUAUGAAUCUUUGGCUAUGCCUAAGUGUGUUCCAAGUGCACCAAAGCCCUCUGUCGAAGAGCCUCCAAAGUUGGAAUUGAAACCGUUGCCAGACUAUUUAGAGUAUGCCUAUCUUGGAGAUAAUGAGACUCUAUCAUUCAUUGUUGCUAUGCAGCUGACAGUAGCACAGAAGGAACAAUUGAUUGAUGUACUACAACAACAUAAGAAAGCCAUCACUUGGGGCAUUGCUGACAUAAAGCUUAUUAGUCUUUCACUUUGUAUGCAUAAGAUUUUGUUAGAAGACUCUGCUAGUAGCUUAAUUAAACUUCAGGGCCGAUUGAAUCUAAUCAUGAAGGAGGUAGUUCGAAAGGAGAUCAUUAAAUGGUUGGAUGCUAGAAUUAUUUACCCAAUUUUGGACAACAAGUGGGUCAGCCCUGUGCAGUGUGUUUCAAAGAAAGGCGACAUUACUGUAGUAACCAAUGAAAAAAAUGAGUUAGUAUCAACAACAACCAUGGAUAAGGCCAAAGUGGAGGUUAUUGAUAAAUUGCCCCCACCAACAACUGUGAAAGCUGUACGAAGCUUCCUUGGUCAUGCGAUCUUUUAUAGAAAGUUUAUUAAAGAUUUCUCACAAAUGUCUAAGCCUUUAUGUUCAUUAAUGGAGCAAAACCGAAAGUUUGUCCUUGAUGCUGAAGUACUUAAUUCAUUUGAGACAAUCAAGAAGAAAUUAGUUAAUGCCCCUGUUAUAAUAGCACUAGACUGGAAACUAUCAUUUGAAUUGAUGAGCGAUGCUAGUGACUUUGCAGUAGGAGCAGUGCUGGGGCAACACAAGGAUAAAAUGUUCCAUUCUAUACAUUAUGUGAGUCGAAUGUUGAACAACGCCCAGAGUAAUUACACCACAACUGAAAAAGAGUUACUCGAUGUGGUGUUUGCCUUUGACAAAUUUCACUCAUAUCUAGUGGGAACAAAGGUAAUUGUUUAUACUGACCACUCUGCUCUGAAACAUCUAUUUGUGAAAAAGAUACAAAGCUUUGGUUGA